AUGACACGUCAAACUUUAGCGGAUGAUAAAGGUUUGAUAUUUGGCUCACCAAGUUCAACAUCUUCAUCACCUCCAUUAAUUGAACCACCUUCAUAUGAUCAGAAUAGUAAUAAAAAUUCGUCAUGUACGGGAUGUAAGAGUGGCGAAUUGGCUAGUGCAUUUUGUCAAGACUGUACGCAUUUUUUAUGUGCCAACUGUACAUUGGCCCAUCAAUACAUGCACUGCUUUGAAGGACAUCGAGUGGACCAGCUGUCUCAGGAGGACGCUGCUGCAGUUGCUGCUGCAUUUGCUGAAAAAACAUCAUGCAAAUGUAUACAACAUCGUUCUCAACCGUUGCGCUAUUUUUGUCUAACAUGCAAUUUAGCAAUUUGUGCUGAUUGUACUCAGGUCGAUCAUGCACUGCCAGUUCAUCAGUAUGAAUUGAUCAGUGAAGUAGCUGAUAAGCAGAUGGCAAUUAUGGAAACAUUAGUGCAAGAUGCUCGUUUAAAACAUUCCGAACUUCUUGAAACGUACAAAAUGGUUGAUGCCGCCCAGAAUCGCUUAAGCUGUUCACUCACUAGGGCUCAUCAAAAUGUAGAUGAAGCAACGCAGACAUUGAUACGUAUAAUUGAAGAAAAUCGUCGACAGAUUAUCAAAGAUUUAGAUAAUGCUUAUGGCGCUAAGCAGUUACAAUUAACUGUGAUUGAUAAAAAAGUGCAACAGAUGGCCGAAAAAUUGGCACAAACGAUUGAGUUUACUUCACGUCUCGUGAAAUAUGCUGCACCAACGGAAGUGAUGGUAUUUAAGCAACUUCUUCAUUCUCGUUUACAAGUUUACCUUUCAUUCAAUCCGGAUAACAAUAAUAUCCUGCAAACAACUUGUGAGCUCGAUUUUCCUCCAUUGAAUCCAAAUUUCGCACGUCAACAAAUCAUAAGUAUCAUGGGUCUUGUCCGUGGAGCAUCUGAAUGGCCUCAAGGAACAAUGGCAGCUCUGAGUGCAGGAAUGCCUCCGACACCAAUUGGUCGACCUGCAAGUCGACAGUUAGCUCGACCAGUAGCAGUAACUAAUGGAGCCCUAUCUGUGAAUAAUUUCUCGGAUUCGAGUUUGAUACGACCUAAAAACGAGUAUGGAGGUUCAAGUCAAAGUCUUGGAACGUUUGUCACAGUUGAUAAUGGCUUUAGUAAUCAGUAUGAAAAAUGGAGUAUGGGACUUGAACCUGCUACUGGCUUACAACUUGCAGAAUCACCUGAUUUGGAACUUGAGAAGAAUCUAGGCAUCAAUAAUCUGUAUACACCAAGAACACAAAUAAAGCGUCAAAAAAUGAUCUAUCACUGCAAAUUUGGUGAAUUUGGUGUUAUGGAAGGACAAUUUACUGAACCAUCUGGAGUUGCUGUGAAUGCACAAAAUGAUAUAAUUGUUGCGGACACUAAUAACCAUCGCAUCCAAGUAUUUGAUAAAGAAGGACGUUUCAAAUUUCAGUUUGGGGAGUGUGGUAAACGUGAUGGUCAAUUACUCUAUCCAAAUCGGUUUGUGAAUUCAUUUCAUACCUGA